CCCCGAGCACUCUUUGGGGAAGAAUUCGCCGCUUCUCGACACUUAAUUUUUAGAUUCACUGUGGAAUUGUUCUGAAAACAGUAAUAAUGCAUAAAGUUUGUUCUCGGCUGCACGCCCCGUCUGUGUUGGGGAAAACGGAUUCGUGGAAAUCAGUGAACGUUUGUGUGGAAUUCCACAAAGAAGGUGGUGUGCUAUGCCAAAAAUCAGCAGUGAAACACACAACACCUGUCCUGCCCCAGAUUCCCCCAUGUGACUAUAAACCUGAGCCAUAUCAGGGCAUGUCUAAAGGCCGUUUACUAGAGAUUAGGAAACACAACUGCAACCCCAUGACCAUGAAGGUAACAUAUUACAAGAAGCCAGUCUUCAUAAGCCAGGGUUUCAUGCAGUGGCUGUGGGAUGUGGAUGGAAGACGCUAUCUGGACUUGUUUGCGGGGGUGGCCACCGUCAGUGUAGGACACUGUAACCCGAAAGUGACACAGGCAGCCGAGAAACAGCUAAGGCGUCUAUGGCACACAACACCCAUCUACGUGUACCCACAAAUGCAGGAGUAUGCAGAGAAACUUGCAUCUCUUUUGCCAGACCCACUGAAGGUUGUGUAUUUUACCAACAGUGGUUCGGAGGCUAAUGACCUUGCAGUGCUAAUGGCCCGACUUCACACAGGAAAUUUUGACGUCAUCACUCUCAGGGGCUCUUAUCAUGGUGGCAGUCCACAAGCGACAGGUCUGACGUCCAACGCAGAUUACAAAUAUCCCAUCCCCUCUUCUCUGGGCUGCCAUAAUACCAUGUGUCCCGAUGUGUUCAGCGGCCUCUGGGGAGGAAGCCACUGUAGAGACUCUCCAGUUCAAACCAUCCGAGAAUGCAGCUGCUCCCCAGGUCACUGUCAGGCCAAUGAUAUGUAUAUCGGUCAGCUCAAAGAGAUGCUUGCUACAACUGUUCCCAAUCGUAUUGCUGCCUUCUUUGCAGAACCCAUCCAGGGUGUUGGUGGGGCUGUUCAGUUUCCAAAAAACUACCUGAAAGACUCCUACCAGCUUGUUCGGGAGAAAGGAGGAAUCUGUAUAGCGGAUGAGGUCCAGACUGGCUUUGGCCGCACAGGGAGCCACUUUUGGGGUUUCCAAGGACAUAAUGUCAUUCCAGACAUGGUUACCAUGGCAAAGGGCAUUGCGAACGGCUUCCCGAUGGGGGCUUUAGUCACCACAGCAGAGAUUGCCAGGUCAUUUGCCAAGGGAGUUCAUUUCAACACAUUCGGAGGAAACCCAUUAGCCUGUGCAGUCGCCUCAUCAGUGCUAGAUACAAUAAAAGAAGACAAGAUGCAGGAGAACAGUGCUGAUGUGGGGACAUACCUACUGACCGAACUGGCCAAACUCCGGGACAAGUACGAGAUUAUCGGCGACGUGAGGGGAAAAGGUCUUCAAAUCGGGGUGGAGAUGGUCAAAGACAAGGUCACCAGAGACCCGCUCCCUCGAGAGGCCAUGGCUGAGAUCUUCGAGGACACUAAAGACAUGGGCGUGCUGAUUGGAAAAGGGGGACUGUACGGACAGACUUUCAGGAUCAAGCCUCCUAUGUGCAUAACUAAAGACGACGCAGACUUCUUCCUCGCUGUAUUCAACCAGGCAGUGCUCAACUACAUGGAGAGAAGAUAAGACAUGCAGAACAUGAAGAAGACACAUUGGCUCACAUUUUAUCUGGACAAUUUCACAUUACAGAACAGGUCUGGGCAGUUAAUCUAAAGACCACUAAAGGCAACUAACACAUUCUUCACACCUUCCUUAAUGUGUGCGUCAAGAACAGUUGUUAUCAGUAACUGAUUCGAGUACACUAUACUUCAGAAACUUAGCACUUUCAAUAGCUACUUAUAAGCACUUGACCGACCAUCUAACACCAGAUCUUUUAAGAAGUUUAAAAAACUGGGACCAGUUCUACUCUCAAAUCUUUUCGGAGACAUGGAGAAA